CUUCAACGGAUUUCUUCAGCUAUUUCGCAUUACUUAUUUUCUCAACAAUAAUUUCUGCGAUAUACAGUCGUAUAAUAGACUCAAAAAUUAAUAAUAUGAUGUGUAGUCGCAUUUCCUCUCUAUCGGGGUUUUGACUUUCACGAAGUGUUACAAUUAAGCGCAAUUGCACGAAUUAAUCAUGAAGUGCGUCACUCAUAUCAAUUUUAAGUGCAUAAGAGAGAGACGUUAUCUCGCGAAACGAAGAAACAUUACCCCCACAAAGACGUCGCAAAUUUGCAUACUUGUACGAUUUAUAGAUUUUUUACAGGAUAAAGAAGAGGAUAUAAAGACAGCGCGUUACUGUAAGCAUUUAGAGACGAGGAUAAGAUUUUAGAGACGAGGCGAACCGUCGAUAGCCGAUCGUCAACACCUCAUUGCCGCUAACCAACUAUAACCCGAGGCUCUUUUCGUGGUCGCGAGAGCUCGCUAUUGACACGAACUUUAUUCCGUGACUUCGUUGUUUGACUUGGCCUGAAACGAAGGGCUCGAUCGGACAGAAUCUCGAUCAAACGUACGCCAUGGACCCCUGGACGAUAGUCUUGUCGAUAUUGGUGUUCCUGCUGGUCAUAUACUAUUUCUCGUCGCCGGAAAGCACACAGAACGUGUUUCGGCAACACGGGAUUCCGCACGGCAGACGAGUCUCCGUCCUGCAAGAACUCCUGGAGCUGUUUGUGUUCCCGAAGACUUACACCGAGAUGAUCCAAGCGGCGUACAACAUCCACCCGGACUCCAAGUACAUCGGGAUCUUUCAUCUCAGGCAGCGAAAAUAUACUCUCGCAAGAGUAUAUCUACGAGCAUUCUCGUGCUAGUACGCGACCUUUUUCUUGUUUUGCCUUGCGUUUCAUUGGUCAUUUCCUGUGGUUCACAGCGUACCUUUGGUCUUCUCGGUCGCGGCAUACGUUAGCCGUAUUUUUGGACUUCUCCUUUUACGGUGUCCUGUAGUCUUUGGUUCGCGACUCCCCCCUUAUUCCUUGGUAUCUUCGGUGUAGCGAUAGUGUCGGUCUCUCCAAUAAGAUAUUCUAGUGGUUGAGAGGAGAGAGGCAACGGGUGCGCAUCGCUGCCGAUGCUCGGUGGAAGUCCGCCAAGGACACACACCCUUCUUAGUACUUUCCUCCGAAAACACAGCUUCUCGCAGUAGACGAGACAGACCAAAGAAGAGCCCCCCUCGGUCUACCGUCUGCGAGGGAAAUACACACAGCAGCGCAAGGCGCGCAGACGCUUUCUUCCACCGCCGAUUUCGGCACAAGGGAACGACUGUCAACGUCCAUUUUCCUCAUAAUUGAGGAAAUUAUAUAAUAUAUUGAAUAAGGCUGGACUUGAAUACCAGUUAUCUACAGAAAGGCCUUUUCCUAGGUAGGGCUUCAUAAGUGAUUCUACUAUUGCUCCCGAUUUUCCAAUUACCUUAUUUUCAACUUCAAUUACUUACAACAAUUCAAAAGAGAUUUUGUACUCUAAUCUUUGUUUUAUAUUAGAGUACCGUUCUGUACCGUAAAAAUACUCCGACAAGAGUCGUUGUAGGUGGUUGCAUACAUGCCGACUAUAUUUAGCACCCGAUACACAGGUCGCACGGACACUGAUUAUGUAGUCAGCACCCGUACACACAAGUCAUCGCGCGGAUACCGACUGUAGUCUGCAUCCGUAACGAAAGAGUUAAAAACAGCACAAAAGUUCUAAAUUUUUAAAUCUCCCAAAUGUUCCCUAAAAUUUGUAGACCCCAAAAUUUUUAGAAUUUCUGUUUAUGGGAGAUAAAUUUUCUGGCGGCGCACUUCAAUUUAAGAGAUGCAUAUUCAGUUCAAAAACAGCUGAAAAGAGAUACAAACACCUCAAAAAUAAGCAAAGAAAACUGAAUUACACACUGCUUCACUGCUUGAUACUAUGCUGAUAUUUCUGGGCCAUUCCUUUGUGUGACAUAACUUUUCAACUAAAAAACACUCUAACUUCCUUAUAAAAAUAGCAAAGGAAAAACUUAAUUGCUUGUCAUAGGUCAGGCACACAUCAAUUGAGACGAAUACUUUAAUAAAAUGCAU